UAGAAGUCAGCACGGUGAGUGGCAACAUGGCGUCCUCCAGUGAGGGGGGGCAAGAAUCUAGAAAAGCAAUCAUGUCCUUUGAGGACACCGAUUCAUUCUCUUCCUUCAAAGAACCCUUGCUGUCAUACCUACACAUCGCUGUCCCAGAGUCCGAGAAGAGAAUAUCUGAGCAAAUCAGUGUCAAGGAUCAUUAUGUUGUCUACCUCAUUGAUACAUGUUUAUGGAAAGAAGAUGCACCAGUUUCCCUGGAAGUGAGUGCUUCAGUCUGGCGGAGGUACAGUGAAUUUGAACUUCUGAGGAACUACCUCCUCUUCUGCUACCCCUAUAUUGUGGUGGCUCCAUUACCAGAAAAACGAGCAUCUCUUGGCUGGCAGAAGCCACCAGAUGAUCCUUUUGACCCAGACUUCAUUGAUCGAAGGCGGGCUGGUCUUGAGAACUUUCUGUUACGGGUAGCAGCUCAUCCUGUUCUGAGUUUAGACCAAGUUUUCUUGGGUUUCCUGCAAAAGGAGAGUGGGUGGAAGGAUACAGCAAGUGAAAGAGAUUUGUUCAGUCGAAUGGAUGCCUGGUUCAAGGGCCUUAAUGCAGCCUUCCGCAUCCAGAAACCUGACCCUCGAUUCCAGGAAAUCAAGGCCUACAGUCAAGAACUACAGGGGAAUGUUGGGAGGAUUCUGGAUGUGCGUGGUCGCCUUUCUGAACAGCUCUUUGGUAUCCACAAGUAUCACCAAAAUUAUGGUCGUGUUCUUAGUGAAUGGAGUGGAUUGGAGGGUCGUCUUGGAGAUGCUCUUCAAUUGAUGGAUGAUGAUCCUCAGAGCAUGGGCCACCAGAUGGACAACUACAGUGGAUGGAUAGAUGCUGCUCUGGAGGAAGAGGAGGCAUGCAUGGACCAGUUAAAGGAGUAUCAGCUGUACUCAGAUGCACUGCGCAGUGUGGUGCAUAAACAUGAUGCCCUGCUUUACCAGGUCGAGAAGGCCUCUGAUGACCUCCAUCAAAAGAAAAAGGAAAAGCAUGACAUUGCUAAUGGAAAGGUGAGUUUCUUCCAUCGUCUCCUUGGGUCUCCUCCAAUGUCUGAUUCCGAGCGGGAAUCUCGGCUUCGAGCUGUUGAUCGCUUGAUUGAAGACAACAAGGACAAGGAACAUCAAGCCAUCACUGAAUUAGAGAGCUUCCAGGAGCUGUCUCUGAUGGAAGUGGAUAGGUUCCAUGAACAGAAGGCCAGGGAUGUUCGGGAAAUUCUCCUCAAAUACAUCAACAUACAAAUUUCCAUUUGCCGAAAGGGCAUGACAACGUGGAAGAGUGUGAGGGAUGCCCUAGAUAAGGCUUGAGCAUGUGGAGAAAAGAAACCCUUUCCCCUGCCAUGAACUUGCCUGUGAUAUAGUGUAACCAGAAUCCAUCCAUCCAGUAGUGGGGAAUCUCAUCUCCUUUACCCAAAGUCACCUUUGCUCAAUUAUGAAUUGUUUUUGCCAUGCAGACAGACAAGAUGCUUUCUCAUUGCCAGGAUGUAGGAACAAAUUGAAUGUCAUUAGAAUACCUGUUCAGUUCCAGAUGUUGACAUGUUCCAGGUCUAUCUUAGCUCCAGUGACAAGUUCACAACUACUACUUUUUGGGCCAUUUCCAAGUUGCUUAUUCGAUCC